AUGAAUAACCCUCCACCAUUCUUGGAACUCCCUCCACUGUUUCUUGAUAAUGACAAUGAUGAUCAAGAUUUUCUGUUGAAUCUCUUGUUAUCACAACAACAAGAAGAAGAAGAGCAGCAGCAGAUCCAGGGGUCCAAAUCUGGUGAGAUAGUAAUGAAUGGUCAUGAUUUGGCUUCAAACGAGGCUAGUGUUACAAAUAAUGUAAGCACAAGAAGUGGGAAGAAGUCAAGUAGUAAAAGGUGGAAGAAGGACAGGCACACCAAGAUCUACACUGCUCAUGGACCAAGAGAUAGGAGAAUGACACUCUCACUACCAAUUGCAAGAAAGUUCUUUGAUCUCCAAGACAUGCUGGGUUUUGACAAAGCAAGCGAAACCAUUGAGUGGCUCUUAUCUAAAUCAGAGCCUGCCAUCAAGGAUCUCACUUGUUUUGCUGGUGGCAAGAGCACUGUUUUAUCUACUUCAGAGAAUGUUGUUAGUGGAGAACAGAAGAAGAAUUAUAAGAAGAAGAACAACAACAAAAAGGUGGUUAAACAAGGGGUGGUACAAUUAUUACAAACAAGAGAAUCAAGGGACAAGGCAAGAGCAAGAGCAAGGGAGAGGACAACGGAGAAAAUGAAGAUCAAACAAGAUUUGUUGUCUUGCAGCAGCCAUGAAAUAACGAAUGAAGCACCGAGUGAUGUGUUGUUAGGGGUUCAAAUGGCUUCAGUCAACAUAAUUAUGGAGAAACUCUUGGGCACUAGUACUGCCGACAACAUUGGGAUCUCAAAAUCCAAGGAUAUAGUUAUUCCUGGAAAUUGGGAGAUCUACAAUGCUGAUCCUCAUCAUCAAGUACAAAACCCUAGUGCAAGUAUCGUGACCUACCCAAAUGGCCAACAACAAAGUAGGGUUUCAACAAUACAUCAAAACCCUAAUUCAAAUUCUGAAGAGAUAAAACCCUAA